AUGCAUAUUAAGUCAAUCAUUCUUGAGGGAUUCAAGUCCUAUGCUCAGAGAACUGAGGUCAAUGGUUUUGAUCCCCUCUUCAAUGCUAUUACUGGUUUAAAUGGUAGUGGAAAAUCCAAUAUAUUGGACUCCAUCUGCUUUUUGCUGGGCAUCUCCAACCUGUCUCAGGUUCGGGCUUCUAAUUUACAAGAUUUAGUUUACAAAAAUGGACAGGCUGGUAUUACCAAAGCUUCAGUGUCAAUCACCUUUGAUAAUUCUGACAAAAAGCAAAGUCCUUUAGGAUUUGAGGUUCAUGAUGAAAUUACAGUAACAAGGCAGGUGGUUAUUGGUGGCAGAAAUAAAUAUUUAAUCAAUGGAGUAAAUGCAAACAAUACCAGAGUACAGGAUCUCUUCUGUUCUGUUGGCCUUAAUGUUAACAACCCUCACUUUCUCAUCAUGCAGGGCCGAAUUACAAAAGUAUUAAAUAUGAAACCUCCAGAGAUUUUGUCCAUGAUAGAAGAAGCAGCUGGAACCAGGAUGUAUGAAUACAAAAAAAUAGCUGCCCAGAAAACUAUAGAAAAAAAGGAGGCUAAGCUGAAAGAAAUUAAGACGAUACUUGAAGAAGAGAUUACUCCAACCAUUCAAAAAUUAAAAGAGGAAAGAUCUUCGUACUUGGAGUACCAAAAAGUAAUGAGAGAAAUAGAACAUUUAAGUCGUUUAUAUGUUGCUUAUCAGUUUUUGCUGGCUGAAGACACCAAAGAACGUUCAGCUGAGGAGUUAAAAGAAAUGCAGGAUAAAGUUGUAAAGCUUCAAGAAGAAUUGUCUGAGAAUGAUAAAAAAAUAAAAGCACUCAAUCAUGAAAUAGAAGAAUUGGAAAAAGGAAAAGAUAAGGAAAGUGGAGGUAUACUCCGAUCUUUAGAAGAUGCUCUUGCAGAAGCCCAGAGAGUUAAUACUAAAUCUCAAAGUGCCUUUGAUCUCAAGAAGAAAAAUCUGACAAGUGAAGAGAACAAACGUGAAGAGCUAGAAAAAAAUAUGGUUGAGGAUUCUAAAACUUUAGCAGCAAAGGAGAAAGAGGUUAAAAAGAUAACAGAUGGGCUGAAUUCCCUUCAAGAAGCAAGUAACAAAGAUGCUGAAGCUUUGGCUGCUGCACAGCAACACUUCAAUGCUGUUUCCGCUGGCCUGUCCAGUAAUGAAGAUGGAGCAGAAGCAACUCUUGCUGGUCAAAUGAUGGCUUGUAAAAAUGACAUAAGUAAAGCUCAGACAGAAGCCAAACAGGCUCAGAUGAAGUUGAAACAUGCCCAACAAGAAUUAAAAACCAAACAAGCUGAAGUUAAAAAGAUGGAUAGUGGCUACAGGAAGGAUCAAGAAGCUUUAGAGGCUGUGAAAAAACUUAAAGAAAAACUUGAAGCAGAAAUGAAAAAGCUAAAUUAUGAAGAAAACAAGGAAGAAAGCCAUCUGGAAAAGCGCAGGCAGCUCUCUCGUGAUAUCAGUAGAUUGAAAGAAACAUAUGAAGCUCUUUUGGCCAAAUUUCCCAAUCUUCGAUUUGCUUACAAGGAUCCAGAGAAGCACUGGAAUAGAAAUUGUGUGAAAGGACUUGUAGCUUCUCUGAUUAGUGUGAAAGAUACUUCUGCAACCACAGCUUUAGAAUUGGUGGCUGGGGAACGACUGUACAAUGUUGUAGUAGACACAGAGGUCACUGGAAAAAAGCUACUAGAAAAGGGGGAAUUGAAGCGUCGGUACACUAUAAUUCCACUCAAUAAAAUUUCAGCCAGAUGUAUUGCUCCAGAAACUUUGAGAGUUGCUCAGAGUCUUGUUGGCUCUAACAAUGUUCAUGUGGCUCUUUCCUUGGUUAAAUACAAACCAGAACUUCAAAAAGCAAUGGAAUUUGUCUUUGGAACAACAUUUGUUUGUGACAAUAUGGAUAAUGCAAAAAAAGUGGCUUUUGAUAAAAGGAUUAUGACUAGAACUGUAACUCUAGGAGGUGAUGUAUUUGAUCCUCAUGGGACAUUGAGUGGAGGUGCUCGGUCCCAGGCAGCUUCUAUUUUAACUAAGUUUCAAGAACUUAAAGAUGUUCAAGAUGAGCUGAGAAUCAAGGAGAAUGAGCUACAAGCUUUAGAAGAAGAAUUAGCAAGUCUUAAAAACACUGCUGAAAAGUAUCGCCAACUAAAACAGCAGUGGGAGAUGAAAACUGAGGAGGCAGAUAUAUUACAAACCAAACUCCAGCAAAGCUCAUACCACAAACAACAAGAAGAAUUAGAUGCUCUUAAGAAAAUCAUUGAGGAAAGUGAGGAGACCUUAAAAAACACCAAAGAAAUUCAAAAAAAGGCAGAAGAAAAAUACGAAGUAUUGGAGAAUAAAAUGAAAAAUGCAGAAGCUGAACGAGAGAGAGAACUAAAGGAUGCUCAGAAAAAACUGGAUUGUGCCAAAACAAAAGCAGAUGCUUCUAGCAAGAAAAUGAAAGAAAAACAACAGGAAGUUGAAGCUAUCACCCUGGAGCUAGAAGAGCUCAAGAGAGAGCACAUAUCCUAUAAACAGCAGCUUGAAGCUGUAAAUGAAGCUAUCAAAUCUUAUGAAGGUCAGAUCAAAGUAAUGGCAACUGAGGUGGCUAAAAGUAAGGAGUCAGUGAAUAAAGCUCAGGAAGAGGUGACCAAACAAAAAGAAGUGAUAACAGCCCAAGACAGUGUAAUUAAAGCUAAAUAUGUAGAAGUGGCAAAACAUAAGGAACAAAACAGUAAUUCUCAGCUUAAACUUAAGGAACUGGAUCACAAUAUCAGUAAACAUAAACGGGAAGCUGAAGAUGCUGCUGCAAAGGUAUUCAAAAUGUUGAAAGACUAUGACUGGAUUAAUGCAGAGAAACACCUCUUUGGGCAACCCAGUAGUGCCUAUGAUUUCAAAACUAACAACCCCAAAGAAGCUGGCCAGAGACUUCAGAAGUUACAAGAAAUGAAGGAGAAACUAGGAAGAAAUGUCAACAUGAGAGCUAUGAGCGUACUAACAGAGGCUGAAGAGCGGUAUAAUGACUUGAUGAAAAAAAAGAGAAUUGUAGAAAAUGACAAAUCCAAAAUCCUUGCAACUAUAGAAGACCUUGACCAGAAGAAAAACCAAGCCUUAAAUAUUGCAUGGCAAAAGGUAAACAAGGAUUUUGGGUCUAUUUUUUCUACUCUUUUGCCUGGUGCUAAUGCUACGCUUGCACCUCCAGAAGGGCAAACUGUAUUGGAUGGUCUGGAGUUCAGGGUUGCCUUAGGAAAUACUUGGAAAGAAAACCUAACUGAACUUAGUGGUGGUCAGAGGUCUUUAGUGGCUUUGUCGUUAAUAUUGUCCAUGCUCCUCUUCAAACCUGCUCCAAUUUAUAUCCUCGAUGAGGUAGAUGCAGCCUUGGAUCUUUCUCAUACCCAGAAUAUCGGACAGAUGCUCCAUACUCAUUUCACACAUUCUCAGUUCAUUGUGGUGUCUCUAAAGGAAGGUAUGUUCAACAAUGCAAAUGUCCUUUUCAAGACGAAGUUUGUGGAUGGUGUUUCUACAGUAGCCAGGUUUACUCAAUGUCAGAAUGGAAAGAUUCCAAAGGAAACCAAAUCCAAGGCAAAAGAACCCAAAUGAUCAUAUGUGGCAGUUAAAAGUACAGAUUUACUCCUUCACCUUGACCUGUUUUUUAAACAAACUUUUUAAGAACUGGGGAUUUACUUAAUUUGCUCAUGUAAAUAUUAUUUCAUUGCUUAACCCAUAUUGUCUCUUCCUUUAUAUAAUCAUUUAUAAAUAAGCAUAGAUUCCUUUUUUCUUAACUAUGGUCCAAUUACUGUGGUUGUGAUUUUAUGCAUAUCAUCAAUGCUUCUUCUCACACAAGUCUUUUGUAUCUAUUAGCUUGAGAUAACUGGUUGGUGAUAAAUUCUGCUUGUAAAAAAAAAAUAGAAAGAAAUAGAUGAAAUUAUAGGAUAAAUAUAGCUGAUAGCGUUUAAUUAGUUUAACUCCUAAGGUAAUAUUAGUGUGUUUUCAAUUGCUAAUGAAGUCAUUUGGUAAGGAGAUUUGUAAACAAAGUAGCUGGACUAACAAAGGGAACACAAAAGCUGUCAGGGCAGCUCUGAUGUAUUUCCUGGUUAGUUCCUUGAGGACACAAUUCUUGUCCCUGAUUUAAACUCAGACGGGAAAGAGGUCUUGAAAAAUCUCUCUCAUUUUAAUGAUGUUUGAAUAUCAUGUUCCUUUGUGCUUAGUAAAUGGUCUUUGCAAUCUUAAGUUUUAGAAAAAAUCUUUGGGUUUUUAAUAGAAGCUAGGAGAAGGUAUGUUGCAUGUUGGCUGCACAUUUAUCUGAAGUCUCCUAAUAUUUUCAAAAAUUUUGCCAACCCUUUCAUAAUCCAGUCAAUAACAAGCUAUUAGUGAAUGAGAAUGUAGGAGCCCCCAGAUUAAACAAAAUGUGUAUUUUUCCUGCAGUAUGAUAUAUAAAUAAAUAGAUCCAUCUGUUCUACCAAAAAAAACCCCUCAAAAUUUAAUGAUUGUUGUAUUUUUUAGUGCUUUCCAGUUCAAAAGGUGAAGUUCCUUUAAGAACUCAAAGGAUGGAACUAAUACCAGAAGGCUAGUGUGUAUCAUUCUUAGCAUCUCCAGGUACCUCACCAGGACAGUUUCUCCAAACUGUAUCUUCAAAGUACUGACGUGACCCAACCUGAUCUUGGCAAUGUUAUUUUGGCCCCAUAGUCCUCCUCGAUACUGUGUCUUAGUUCCUUUGUGUUAUCCUUUCCCUAAUACAUGCUCAUACUUUUUGACCUUGGGCGUAACAGUUCUCAUCUUUCAUUCUCACAUGUAUCUGAGGAUGUCAGAGAACACUGAUGGCUGAUUUAGGGGACACAUUAGAAAAGAUUCUAUCUGGAAUUAGCUCUGUUCACUGUGGGAAGAAAGGGAGACAAAACUAUGAAUGUUAAGUUAUAGCAAGUCUAGCAUCUCAUGUAACAGACGUGCUUUUUAAAAUUUCCUUUCAGAUAUAUGCAAAUUGCUAAAAAAGUUACAUCAGUUCAGUCACCAAUACAGUACACCUGUUGACUGCAGCCUAGUCAGCACUGGCCUGCAACUAGAAUACUUCUGAUUUGGCAGUUAUAAAAUGGUACUUCACUGCUGUUUUAAUUGCUUGCUGGGGGUUGAAUAUUUUGUCAGAUGUACUAAUUUUCUUUAUUACAAAUUUUGUUUGCUUUCCUAGUUUUUGUCAUAUAUGAUCUUCCUCUUUGAUGAAAAUCCUCAAACAUUAGAUUUUUGUGAGUAAUGUCAUUCUUUGAUUAGGGGGAAGACAUUAAGGGGAGAGGGGAUAUGUCACAUAUUUACAAUAAUAUGAGUGAUACUUAUUGAGCUUUUUCUGUACAUGAGACACUAUACUCAGUUGCACAUGUUUUCACAUUUAAUACCAAUAAAACCCAGUGUGGUAAGUUGUUAAUCAUAACCAUUGUCAUCAGCAUUAUAUGAUUUAGUAAAUUGAGCAGAGAAAAAAUUUGCCCACAGUGAUAAUACAGUCAGUGAGUGACAGUGUCAAGAUACAAAUCUUGGUAGUUGGUCUCCAGGAACUGUGAUAUACUACUUCCCUGACAGCUUGAACAUUUGCAUUUAUUGUACAUAAUAAAUUUAAGAGCUAUCAGGAUAAGCAGUAUGUACAACAUAUGAAAAUAAUCUUUGGAAGAACCCCAAACAUUUGAAGAGAAGAUUCUUUGUGGGUUUUGUUUUUGUUUUGACAUUUUAAAAUAACAGCAAAUGGAAAAGCAAAAACUUAAGAAUCCCUCUUCUAAUCAGUGGAGUAACCUAAGGUCCAGCACUCCCCCAGUCAUGCCAUCUGCACAUCAGGGCAGUUUGUUUCUUCCUUUUUGAUCUGUAUGCCUUUCAUUUCCUUAUCCUACUGCACUAGCUUGAACUUCCAGCACUGUGCUGUAAAAGAGUGAUGAGAGCUGGAAUGUAUUUGCCUUUUUAUCCCCAAAUCAGGAAGAAAGCAUUCAGUCUUUUACCACUAAAUAUGUCAGCUAUAUGAUCAAACUAGGAACAGAAGGGAAUUUCUUUAUCAUGAAUGGGUAUUGAAUUUUAUCAAAUCCUUUUGCUAUGUUGAUUGAUAGGAUUGUAUAAGUUCUUCUGUAAUCCUUUAGUAUUACGAAUUACAUUACUCAAUUUCUUAAUAUUAAGCCAGUCUUUUACCCCUGAAAUAAACCCUACUUGGUCAUGGUA